AUGACAUUAUUACGUGAAACUAUUGAUGAGCAUGAGGAAGCAAUGAGACAGCAAAUUUUGACGAUUGAGAAAGAACAGAAGAAACAACUCGAAGAUUAUAAAACUCCACUAAAACAUGAAUUGCAAAAUUUGAAUAUACAAAAAGUAACUUUUGAAAUGCUUUUCUCAAGUAAAAAUUAUAUAAAGUUAUUACAAACUAAACAAGAAUUUGAUGAUUAUGUAAACAAAACAAAUGGAACAUUAAAAUCAUUACAAAUGCCAAGUAGAACUGAAUAUUAUUUGGAAGAACUUGGCCAAUUACAAUUUAUACAGGAAAAAAUCAAGCAAUGUGGAAGAUAUGUUGAAGUACCACCAUACCACAAUGCACAACUUGAAAAAUUGAUUGCUGAAAACGGAAAAAAACAGACACUUAACUUGAAGGGUAAAAAUUUGACUGAUUCAGAUAUGAAGAUUGUGGCUGAUCUAUUACGCAAAAGCACGGUUAUAUCCCAAGAGAUGUAA